AGCCAAGUCAGGUCAGUGGUAAGAUCCGACGAGUUAGUUCUCUGGCGUAGCUCGGUAUCGAACGUUGUUUGGGAGCAAAAAGUAGCGAGCGCGCGUUGGUUUGGAUCAACUCGUGAAGACUUUGUGAGUUUCUGUGGGGUACGAAAUCUCGCGAAUCCACACCGGUCGUGUGUGUGACGAGCAACGCAGUCGUAAGCGCGCGCGCCCGUAUGCCACCAUUCUGGUGCACGUUGGCUGUUUCGUAAUUUUUGCAAUCUUUGUUUUUGUCUCGUUGGAGUUGAGCUCAUCUUUGCCGCGUGAAGUUUUAAGUGGAGUUUGUAGGUUUUCGCUAGUUUCGUAUUUUUGCUGGCCGUUGAUUAAUUGUGUGCAAAACGUUCACCGGUUGUAAAUCGUUAAUUAAAGUGUACAUUUGAGAUUGUGUUACAACAGUAAUUGAAAAAAUUGUGUUAACCAUGUUGGCGAUGUGGGAAAUUGUUUUAGUUACACAAAGGAAGAGCUGCAGCACAUUAACAAAAUAGGCUGGAUGGAUUAAAUGGAUCUGUUGGGAUAAUAUUAUUGGCAGCCGAGCUCACGUUGAUGAAACAAUAGAAGAUUAGUGGUGCUUUUUGAUAUUAAAUAUCUAAGUGUUGUAGUGUAUGAAAAGAACUUCAAACUUGUACAAGCUGUGAAGCUUCCCGGCGUGUUGUUCGCUGCAAAUGGUUUUAAUUACAAUAAUAGCGAAAAGCUCUUUGGAUAAAUGUGCGUAAUUUACUCUAUGCUAGGCUAACCAUUUUUAAAUUUGGAGAAAUUCGGGAUCACAGCUUAUAUGAAAAAUAGUAUUUUAGCGGUCUUUGAUCGUAUCCAUUGGUGGCAAUGCACGAAUCUUCGAUGAGUUUCUAUCGUAGAAAACAGAUUCAUUUCGCUCAUCUGAAGUGCAGCUUCGUUCCUCGAAAUCACAAACCCAAUUAACCAUGUCGGAAUGGAGUGACCAGCGGACCUCGACGCAGAAUUCUGACGACAAUGGAAAGGGUGGGCUGUCGGAGAUCGAUCUUAAAUCGGCGGAUCUGACCGUUAGUGAUAACAAUUCGUCGGUAAACUCCAGUAAGUUCCCUCUCCGACGUAUCGGUGAUCUGUUCCGAAGUAAGCUACGCAGUUCGGGAAGCUAUUCGGUUCGAGCGCUUGAUGAAAGUGUUCCGCAAGAUUGUAAGAUAGCGGAUAGUACCGUGGUGGAUGUGGAACAGAUUGCGAGCCCGGUAAAGAAGCCGCCCGAUCGUGCUGGACCGGAAGUGACAACAGCGACCAUAGUUGUAAACGAGAAACCAACGCGUCAUGGAAGCAGUAUUGUCGGGGCGGCAAGUGGCGGUGGGUCAGCAUUGCGCGCGCGGAGGAUGUCAACACUGACGAGGACUAUUGAGCGUCAGAAAAGUUUGAUCGCUAGUAUCAACAGCGAAAAAGGUCAAUCCACUCAGCAGGCAUCCAGCAAUGGCCACAAACGUCAAUCCAUUAGCAGCCAGGACACUUCCGGUGAUAUCGAAUCUGACGUAGUGGUGGGGAAAUCCAUUGGACGGGAGCGCAUAAACUCAACGUCACAUUAUUCCACUGAGAAAAGCGGAUCAUCGGGUUAUUACAGUACAAACAUUUUCUUCGCCGGUGGGUCGGUAGCGGACGACCACAUCUAUUACGAACCAGUCGUGGAACACGGUCGAAAUCCGCCAGCGAAAACUACCAACAAACCAACCGGAACAACUGUUGGCAAAAAGGAAGGCAUUUUGAAGAAUAGCGGAAAGUCACAAGACUCCAACAAAGCGCAAAAGGAUGGAAGAACAUUAGAGAAGUACUACUAUCCGGCAACGUUAGAAAACGUAUCCAAUGACGUGGCAAUUAUGCGCGCAAAACCGACUAGCAAUGAAAAACUUACUGACAUCACCGAAGCUCCCGAUGGAUCGAUUCCACGUCCAAUCUGGCCGCUGGAUGUGGACGAUUCCUUGGCUGAUAUCAAUCUGGAGGCAUUUAAAAUGCGGCACAAUAGCCAGCAAAACUUGAUAGGCUUUGAAAGUCCUGCAUCAUCGAUUUCGGACAACGAGUUGUACUCGGUUAGCAAGAAAAAUAUAGAUGACACAGCAAAACAGAAAUCCCAAUCACAGUCCCAAUAUGAAGAAUACCUAGAAUUUCACAAUACGAGGAAUAUCUUGGAGCAAAUCCGUGGAAAGCUCAACACACUUCUGGAGCAAAGAACUGAGGUUCAGAAACAUUCUGAUAGUGGUCAGGGUCUUUCCCAGGCAGAAGUAGAAUUAGAAGAAAAGAUUACUAACCUAAAAUCUGAUUUGGAGGGGUACUUGCAAUCUAUGAACCAGAAGAAUGAAAACGAAAUCAAACGCUUCUGCAGGGGAAUGUCCAAGGAUGCCAAGGUUGUCGCCGUGCAGAAUGCCGUUGAACAUCGUCAUCGAUCGCGUGGGUCGUCGGUCAACUUUGAAAAUGACUACGAAGUUCUUGAAAAUCACAAAGCAUUUGACCAAUGUUAUCAUCCUACACUAUCGCAACGAACGCUCACGAGAUAUCAAAAUCCGAGUGAUCAACCAUCACUUUUUGAAACUGUUUAUGUAAGAGACGGUUUCAACGUUCGCCAGUUAAAUCGACCAGCUCCUAAUCCGUUUGCGCAGGAAGCUCGCUCAACACAAAUGCUUCUGAAUCAACGGGCGAUAUACUUCCAACAGCAACAACAACAGCAGCAGCAGCAGAUACAGCAGCCAAUUCGUUACAUGAGUAAUGCGGAGAUCAACGCUCUCUGCAGCUACGAAGUAUGCGAGCGGAAGCCUAGCAAGGUGUCGAUCGAGAUCCCCGAAGACGCUGGCAAGAGUGCACACGUGGUGGUGGACGGUGGUGGUGUUGGGAAAGUCGCGGAGGGUCGCGUUAGACGUAAGUCAGAAUUAAGCAAUAGCAAUAAUGUAGGCAAAAAUGGGGAAGUGAGUGAUUUCACGUUGCAACGGGUGAUUCUGAUGGAAAGUUUGGGCAAGAAUGGCAAGCUGUUUGGUGAUAAGGAGAAGAUGUUGCUGGAGUACCACCUGAAUAAGCCAAGCUAUUGGGAGCUGUACUACGGUGCAAAUCGGGAGGAACAUAAACCGCACCACACGCUGAUACGGAAGGUGAAAAUCGGAGGAAAGAAUGCUAUAUCGGUGUCAUAUCCGUCAACCCGCCCGGAGUCGGACUUCACGCUGGAUCUACCACGGGCCGAGCAGCUACGGGUCAAGAUGAAAAAGGAGAAACAGUUCCGCAGCCGAUGCCGCUGGUUCUUCUACUUUCUGAGUGUUGUGUUCUUCCUACUAUCAGUAAUGGUGGUCAGUCUGGUGCUGACCCGGGGAAAACGGAUGUUUGGCAGUAUGCUUUGACACACAGCUUCAUGGUGCAUUUUUUUUUCUGUUGAUGCUGAAAAUGGCUGUUCUUUGACGAAUGUCAUUCGGAGGGUUCUCGAAAGGAUGCUUAUUGGAUGGCCUUUAGCAAAAUGCUGCCAGGGGCAACGGCUUUAUGUAUCUUUGACAUCGCAAUUUUGGAUUAUUGUUUAUUUAAUUAUUUAAUAUUUUGUAGUAAGUUUUAUGUUUUCGAUAGUAGCAAAAAUAUUUUUUAAUAUA